ACAUAAAAAAACGGUUUUUAAACGAUGCACUGCAGACUUAUUUCAAGGUAGAGGUUAAAGCAUGUUAGCGCCAGACUCCAUAGGGUUUCUUAUGAGCUGCGGAAUGAGAUUUGUGCGACUUUAAAGUGGAUCAGUGUUUUGUAAUGAAUGGGGUUUUUUUCCGCCUGUACGCCUGCCUAUUAUUAGCUACGAGGCCUUUCCAGUAAGUGGAGGUGGCUCCAUGACGGUCAGGGCUGCAGCUCUGCAAACAGGCUUCAGAUCAGCGCUUUUCCGGCAAUGCAACCGGACUCGUCGUAUCGCUGAUCCGGAGGACUCUUAACGGGAACAUCUGCGCUCGGCCGGCUAUUCUCAAGCCUCGCACACCUCGCCUUGAAGAUGAAGUUAAAUACGAGCCGCCGUCAGGUGCGAGCUGCAUCCGAUGGAGCCCGCAUGCUUCGUAUCUCGUUCGUCGACCAACUCGAUGCAGCACUUCCUUAUGUUGCGGUCCCCGUUGACAGAUACUGAUAUGGACUAUGAGAGGCCAAACGUUGAAACUAUCAAGUGUGUUGUGGUAGGAGACAAUGCGGUCGGAAAGACGCGCCUUAUCUGCGCCCGAGCCUGCAACGCCACCCUUACUCAGUACCAAUUACUCGCUACACAUGUGCCCACGGUCUGGGCAAUUGACCAAUACAGAGUAUGCCAAGAGGUAUUAGAGCGCUCCAGGGAUGUAGUAGACGAUGUCAGCGUGUCCCUUCGGCUCUGGGAUACUUUUGGAGACCAUCAUAAGGACCGGCGCUUUGCAUACGGCAGGUCUGAUGUUGUGGUACUAUGCUUCUCAAUCGCUAAUCCCAACUCUCUGUACCAUGUGAAGACCAUGUGGUACCCUGAGAUCAAGCACUUCUGCCCCCGUGCUCCUGUCAUCUUGGUAGGAUGUCAGCUGGACCUGCGCUAUGCAGACCUGGAAGCAGUGAACAGGGCAAGGAGGCCUCUAGCUAGACCUAUCAAAUCAAAUGAGAUUCUACCUCCUGAGAGAGGCCGAGAGGUGGCCAAAGAGUUGGGAGUGCCAUAUUAUGAAACCAGUGUUGUUGCUCAGUUUGGAGUCAAGGACGUCUUUGAUAAUGCUAUCCGAGCCGCACUCAUUUCCCGCCGCCACCUGCAGUUUUGGAAAUCUCACCUCAGAAAUGUUCAGCGGCCUCUCCUUCAGGCGCCCUUCCUGCCACCGAAGCCUCCCCCACCUAUUAUCACUGUGCCUCCUCCCCCAACCACCACAGAGGAGCAUCCAGUCGGCCUCCUGGAAGACCCACACUGUGCUGAUGUCAUCCUGGUCCUGCAGGAGCGACAGAAAAUCUUUGCGCACAAGAUAUACUUGGCGACAUCUUCUUCAAAGUUCUACGACCUCUUCAUCAUGGACACGCAACACGAGGAGACUGAAAGGCCCACUCGUGGUCCUCUCUCUGGCAGAGAGCUGCUGAUGCGUGCUGCUAGUUUUGAUGUUUGCGAGAGCAACGACGAUGGAGACAGGGCCAACCUGAGGGCCUGCACAAGUGACGGAACCUUAAAAGACUCUGAGGGGGCGCGUCGGGGUAGACUGCUCUCCUCGUGGAGCCGAGCCUUUGUCAGCAUCCAGGAGGAGCUGGUAGACGACCCUCUAACUUACAAUCCCAGGCCCAUGACUGUAGUGCACAUGGACCAGUCCAUGCAGCUUGGUCCUUUUCGGGCAGUGCUACGCUACCUGUAUACCGGACAGUUAGACGAGAAUGAGAAGGAGCUAAUGCACAUUGCACACAUUGCUGAGCUGCUGGAGGUCUUUGACCUGCGUAUGAUGGUGGCAAACAUACUUAACAACGAAGCCUUCAUGAACCAAGAAAUCACCAAAGCCUUCCAUGUACGGCGUACGAACCGAGUCAAAGAGUGCUUGGCCAAGGGCACAUUUUCUGAUGUAGUAUUCAAGCUAGAUGAUGGGACGAUCAUGGCGCACAAGCCUCUCCUCAUCUCUAGUUGUGACUGGAUGGCAGCUAUGUUUGGUGGGCCUUUUGUGGAGAGCUGCACUAAAGAGGUGCUGUUUCCCAACACAACUCGCAGCUGCAUGAGGGCCGUGCUAGAAUAUCUCUACACGGGGCGGUUUUGUUCUCGGCCUGACCUGGAUGCAAUGGAGCUUAUUGUUCUUGCCAAUCGCCUUUGCCUCCCGCACUUGGUUGCACUUACGGAGCUCUACACAGUGACAGUAUUCACGGAGGCAGCCAUGAUGGGGGCUGACAUUGAUGGAGAUGUGCUCGUGUACUUGGACAUGGCCCAGUUCCACGGUGCUCAGCAGCUCACUGGUUGGUGUCUUCACCACAUCUGCACUAACUACAACAGUGUGUGUCGCAAGUUUCCCAGAGACAUGAAGGCCAAGUCCACAGAGAACCAAGAAUACUUUGAGAAACAUCGCUGGCCACCUGUGUGGUACCUGAAAGAGGAUGACCACUACCAAAGAGCACGCAAGGAGCGUGACAAGGAGGACUACCUGUACCAGAGACGCCAGUGUAAACGCAAGUGGCUUUUCUGGAACCUUCCUUCAUCCCCUAAUUCGAACUCUCCAUCUUCUGGUUCAUCUGCUGUCAUCUGACCAAGUGGUAAGGGGAGGUCCACUCCAGAGUGGGUCAGUGUAGAUGCGAGCUGUAAAAGGUACUAUAGAAGACAGGUACUGCUGGCUAGGUACACCCCAAUUAUUCAGGCACACAGUUUCUUCUCCUGAUUGUUUGCCUCUGCAGUCAAACACCUCUCUAGGUUUACUUGUUCGGCUCAGUCUGUCGUUUAAAGUAAUGAGUUUUGCUCUUUAGAUUUUCAGCUUGGUAUACAUACGACUCAGAUCUCAGUGACUGGCUAACAAAUGGCACAGGCGCAAAUAUGAAGUCAUUUGGACCACCUGAGUUUUAAGUUGAAAAAAUACAACUCUGCUGGUACAGAACUUUCCACCUCUGGUCAUAAUUGUCAUCAGUCAACUUGAACUGAUAAUAACCAAGUGCUGCUUAUCAGCUGCAACAACCAGCAAUUAAACACAGAACUUAAGUCUCAGAGAUAUAACACUUUGCCCUUAAGUGUUUGUACAAUCUACUAAACCAUGUGUACAGUAUGAUCUCAACAACAGGAUGUAACAAUAGCAUGGCCUGCACACAAUUAGUUACUGGAGUCAUACAUUCUAACCAUAAAUACCACUUAUGCAUAAAUUAAAAAAAAAAUUCUGGCAACUUCUACUCCUGCUAAUUUUCUGUACAGUCAUUCUGUGUUUGAAUGUUUGUGUACAGCUUGCACAGCUAAAAGUGAUCGGACACACUCAGUAUUUAUAUAUUGUGAUCUUGUGAUUUGAGGCCUCUUGUCAAAAAAGGGCUUAAGUUUACAUGAAUGCAUUCAGUUUCCUGAGACACAGGAGAUCCCAAAUCAAGGAAAACAUCUGUAUUUUCUGUAAAAUGCCAGCAAAACCAAACUGGAUUGUUAAUAUUUUCCUAUGAGAUGCUUGAUGAGGCUUGUCACCACACGUUUCCCCCGACUCUAUGAUUCAGUUUUGCGUUUGAAUGAUUCUUCUUGACCACUGUCAUCUCGGAAAGCAACACAUAAUAUAUCUCGGAAUCAGCAGCAGUGCAUCCAGAUCUGAAGCGACCACAUGGACAUUGCCAUCCCUCUUGGACUGUAACGCAUCAACCACUGGUGGUAAUCUGGCCUUUAGAGAUCUGCUUUUGUUUCUCAGAGGGUGUCUCCUGACUGUCUGCAGUUGGCUAUGUAAGACUUUUACAUGAAGGAGACUUCCUUGUGCUUGGGUGAAGUCAUCAACACUCUUCUACACACCUCGGGCACUUUCUGGACUCUUCUCCACAGAGAGACACACAAGAACCUCCGGUGGAAGCAUCGUGGCAAAUGGCACUAGAGACAGUGUGGCGUCGUGACGCACUGCAUUUUCAAAAAGGACCUGGUGAGGGUGCUUAAACAAGACCUUUUAAAGGUUUCUAAGAGAGUUGUGAUGAGGUUUAGAUCAUUUUUGUUGAUUUGUUUUACAUACCUUACAGUAUAUGUUUAAGAUUGUCAUUAACUGUUGUAUUGAUUGUAGGACGGGCUGCAGCAUUAUUUGGAUUUGUAGACUUGGUGCUCAGUGAAGAUGGGAAGUAUUAUAAAUCAUAAAAAAAAUAAUAUCAGAUGAACUGCAAGUAACUUGCACCACUCUAAAUGUGCUGUUACCUAAUAUUGUGCACUGCAGGCAGUGAGCGGAUUCAUACAGUAUUACUGAGUAAUACAUAUGCUGAACGUAGACUUAACUUAUCUGACUUGUGUUUAGUUACUGUGCAGCUACAAACUGUUGUUGAAAAUACCUGAAUACUCAUUGUGCUGACCUCAAGUUACAUCUACUAUAUACUGUAGUAUACAUGCAAAUUACAGGCAGUUCAGAUAAACAGUUGACUAAUAGUAAUAAAAAAAAAAAAAAAAAAAGGAUUACAGCGCAAGGUAAAGUAGAGAUAUGCUCAUAUAAAUUACACUAUAAAGAUUCACGGUACAUCCAUACGACACGCUAUUGUUAUUAAGAGAGUACAUUCUAAUUGCAGCGUUUGCUUUUGCAGCUUAUAUCAAUCUUGUAUAUGACACCUUUCCACACUGUUCAUGACUAGAAAUGUAUUUUAGAGCCCAACAAAGAGCCUCAGAUUGAUGAAUUGGAUGAACUGAUUAAGAGACAAAAAACAAUUCUUACAUGUAUUAUUAACUCCUGACCUAAUAACUACACUGCAUAAAAAGGGCUCACCAAAAUAGUAAAAUAGUAAAAAGUGAUUUGUCAUCAUUUAAAAUGGAAGAUUUGGAUGAAUGGUGGUGCCGGUGCUCCAAGCAGUAGCUUUAAAUUAUUCUCAAUUACAAUUAAAUUGUCUGUUUGUAAUAAAAUACAGGAUCUGUCAUCGUACUUCAGCUUAACUGCUCAAAUCAUUUGGAAUACACAGUCAGACAUCGGGAGAUGGACAAGUCCAUCUCCAGAAACAGUGUUCUCUCUCUUCUAGAGAUGGCUUUAUCCUAAUUCUGAAGGCUUUACUUUACCACUGAGAUAAUGUCCAGUUCACACAAAUGCAGUGUAGUGUAACAGGGUAAGAACAAGAGGGUCGGAAUUGUCAUAACUUGCCUUGUGGUGUGACUGAUGAAGUUCAUAAACAUGCAUUUCAUUCCUCAGUGCAUCUUCCGCUGAUGUUUUGCAUCAGCAACACCUCAUGCCUUAAUGUACAGUGUACUGUGGUAUUGAAUGUAAAGUAGUGUUGCUGUGGUCACCAAUUUGUUUGCUAAAUCUUACGCUGCCAUGGUGCUCUCUAGGCUGUGUGCGUAUUUGUAAAUGUGCAUAAUCCACAACUUUGAUGUAAAGCAAGCAGUUGGUGUGUAAUUUGAGGAGUCCAGUGAGUGUCCUUUAGCUUGAACAUCGCUUGAGGUUAAUGUUUUAAAACCGAGUCACAGGAAAUAAUUAAACACUCUGACCAUCAAGGCCACACAAGAUACCACAACAUGCAGGGAUUUCAAAUUAGUUUCAUUAUUUUAAAGUUUCAUUUAUGCCAAUGAGCUCCAGACAGUGUAGACACUGGAAGUUAGACAGCUACUCAAACGUGAAUAUAUAUUGUGUGAUGACUUCUGCAAUUCAAAUAGCAAUCAAUACAAGCUAUUGCAUAGUUGAACAUAGACACUUUUUUGUACUAUGCAUAUUAAAAUGUCUGACUCUGAAACUUGCACUGCUUCGUAGCACCAGGUUCUAUUCAAAUUGCAUUAGAGGGUUCUGCAACAUCAUUAGAAAGUAGUAGAAAACAUCAGGUAAAAAAAAAAAUAAAUAAAAAAAAAAUAAAGAAAGAAAUUAAAUUAAAUUUAAAUAAAAAAAAAAAGAAAAAGAAAAGAUUAGAUCAUAAAUUACAAAGACCUUGUCAACAGGGCCCUUUUCCAUAUGUUUGGGUGCUAAUAUCACAGCUGCAGAGAAGCACAAACCAAAGGGAGCUUUAGCAGCACCAGGAAUAUAUUAUAUAUGCUGCACAAUCACUACUGCAUAGUUUAAGAGGCCUUGUUUAGAAAUGGUUGAAAAUUAAAUAGAUAAAGAAAAAACAAUAGUGAAAAAAAAAAAAAAAAAAAAAAAAAAACAGACAUAAAAAACACUUGAAUGUUUUCUCAGUGUUCAAUGCCUGGAUGACAUUUUCCUUAGUCACCAGGCAUUUUUUGUUCUCAAGAGCUGUUUUUAUGGUUUAGGAGCUGUAAGUCUGAAAUUCUGUAGCAUGUGUUCUUGAAAAUGUGUAAAUACCAUUUACUAAAUAAAAAAAAAGGAGCGACA